UGGCGGCCUUGUCGCAGUUGCUUUUUUCUGCCAAACAAUACUGAAGAAAUUGAGAUAACCAACUAUUUUUACCAAUUUAUAAAGAAAACUUAUUAGUUUGUAACACAUAAGGCUUGUAUAAUCUUUCUAGUCAUAUUGAUAAUGUGAUAAUAAGUGUACCAAUGGCUUCCAAUAGUUCCAAUGUGCAAGACUCGCCAGUUCAUCAGCAGACGUUUGUGGAGGAGAUUGAUUACAGUGAAAUACAGGAGCUUUCGGUCGUAGGGAAAGGGGCCUUCGGUGUUGUCUGGAAGGGUGUAUGGCGGAACAGAUUUGUAGCGGUAAAGCACAUAAAUUCAGAGGCGGAGAAACGUGAAUUUGCGAUCGAGGUACGCCAGUUAUCUCGCGUAUGUCACCCAAACAUUGUGCGAUUGUACGGAGCGUGCACGCGGGGUGCUCACGUAUGCCUCGUCAUGGAGUAUGCAGAAGGUGGCUCUCUCUAUAAUGUACUACACAACCGACCCAAACCCAAAUACACAGCAGCACAUGCAAUGAGCUGGGCCCGCCAGUGCGCUGAGGGUGUAGCAUACCUUCACUCCAUGAAACCAAAACCAUUAAUACACAGGGAUUUAAAACCACCCAAUCUAUUAUUAGUGGGUGGAGGGCAACGCCUGAAGAUUUGUGAUUUUGGCACAGCAGCUGAUAAGGCAACAUACAUGACGAAUAAUAAAGGCAGUGCUGCUUGGAUGGCUCCUGAGGUAUUUGAAGGAUCGACAUACACAGAAAAAUGUGAUGUGUUCUCAUGGGGGAUAAUACUGUGGGAGGUAUUAUCUAGGAGGAAACCAUUUGAAGAAGGUGGUUCUGCAUAUAGAAUAAUGUGGGCGGUGCAUACAGGUCAAAGACCAAAUCUAAUAGAGGGAUGCCCGGAGCCAAUAGAGCAGCUGAUGACACAAUGUUGGCACAAAAUACCAGCACAAAGACCAAGCAUGGCCAAGGUGACGGAAAUAAUGUCAGCACUAUGCGAGUUCUUUCCGGGUGCUGACACGCCGAUAAACUACGACGACUGCGAGGUGGACGACUCAGAGUGUUCGGAGGAUGAGUGUGGCUCUCGAGACAGCCUCGACACUGACACAGAACACGAUAUACUGUCUCAAGUACACAUCCCCACUCAGUACCCCGACCAUAGCACCUCCGACCCCGUACUCAGGAACAUCGACACCCCGUUACAGCCGUCCAGACCGCGCAGCUACGUCGAGACGCAAGUGAGUAAGCUACAGAACAUAAUGGCCGCUGAGGCGCACCCCAAAACGACGGCACUAUCGAAGGACGAGUCCGACGCCCAUAACAGGGUCGGUGCCAUUAGGAUUCCUCAACACUUCAAAAAGUCUGAAGAUUUUCUGGAGGCCGGAAGAUCGCCGAUCAGCAUCAACAGGACAUCGAGCUCGCCCGUGCCUUCAGAGAGGACCUACGUGCCAAGCGAGGGCAGCACACCCCAGGACUCGUUGCGAGUCAUCAAAAGUCCUGUCGUCUUCAGCGAGAGUUCAUCUCCGCGGAGACUCUCGCCCAUCCCCAAUUACAACAUCGGAAACAUUAAUCCGCGACAUAUAGAUACGGAUCCUUAUUGGAAGAGGGAGGUUGAUAAACUGUCUCCGACCCGAAGUCCUUCGGUCAUGAGUAACUCGAGCUUGCUCAGAAAGGAAGAUUGCAACCAGAAUUAUUAUGACAGAUUGAGCGCCACCAACAGUCCAAUGACACCAGUGAGAGAAUACAAUGGAAAUGUAACGCAGAGACCGAUCAAUUCGAGCAUACAAACGCCAUUACAUAUAGACGUGGAUCCUAACACCUGGGAAAUCAUCGAUGCGCCUAUACAUUUUGAUGAUUAUGUUGAAGUGAGGAAUCAUCCUGGUUUCGACAAAUACUACAUCGGCGGUGAGUACGAUCAAAAUAUCCUAGCAACUAAUCACAACAAAUUUAAAAAAAAAAAAAUGCCGGCUCUGAACUUGUUCUGGUUUGUUUGCGUGCUUAAACUGAUUUAA